UCUGAUGAAAGAAUCUAGAAAGUCAUCUUUUUAGCUCGCUUGUAAUAACUCAAGAACAGAGAGGAUAGGGGAUGACCCUUUUAACUGUUCAGGCUUCUUUAGCAAGACUAGGGGUAAGGGCUAUGUAAAGAUGGUUCCUUUUCAACUCGCACAAGGUAGCUUAACAAGAGAUGAGAGACGCACACUGGCGCCAACUGACUGAACAAGGGCUCUUGGGGGCGGGGUGGUGCGGACUGAGAGAUGAGCAGGGCUUGUCUUCAAACACUUGGGGUGCUUUCGUUAUGGUGGUUUGUGGCAUCAGCAAUGGCUCAAUCCACAGAGUACGUUAUGUACAAGGACCCAGAGCAACCGGUGGCUGCAAGAGUGAAGGACCUCUUGAGUAGAAUGACGCUGGAAGAGAAGAUUGGUCAGAUGACACAAAUCGAUCGCACCGUGGCGACUUAUGACUUCAUGAGAACCUACUCCAUUGGGAGUGUCUUGAGUGGCGGUGGGAGCACUCCACUUCCUGAGGCAAGUGCGGAGGAUUGGGUCAAUAUGAUAAAUGACUAUCAGAAUGGUUCUUUGUCCAGUAGAUUGGGUAUCCCAAUGAUAUAUGGAAUAGAUGCUGUUCAUGGGCACAAUAACGUCUACAAUGCAACAAUUUUUCCGCAUAAUAUUGGACUUGGUGCAACAAGAGACCCUGACUUGGUGAAAAAGAUUGGUGCUGCCACAGCCCUUGAAGUCAGAGCCACGGGGAUUCCUUACGUCUUUGCCCCCUGCAUUGCAGUUUGCAGAGAUCCAAGGUGGGGUAGGUGUUAUGAAAGCUAUAGUGAAAACGAGGAAAUUGUGAGACAAAUGACUGAGAUUAUACCUGGAUUACAAGGGGAUAUUCCUUCUGACUCUCGCAAAGGAGUUCCAUAUGUUGGUGGAAAGAACAAGGUUGCAGCAUGUGCAAAGCACUUUGUGGGUGAUGGAGGAACUACCAAGGGGAUCAAUGAGAACAACACUGUUGUUGACAUGCAUGGUUUGCUCAGCAUCCACAUGCCUGCUUAUACAGAUGCAAUAAUUAAGGGUGUUUCAACAGUCAUGGUCUCUUACUCUAGCUGGAAUGGAGAAAAGAUGCAUGCUAAUCGCGACCUUGUUACUGGUUUCCUUAAGGACACUCUCAAUUUCAAGGGCUUUGUUAUCUCAGACUGGCAAGGCAUAGACAGGAUCACUUCUCCUCCACAUGCAAACUAUACCUAUUCUGUCGAAGCUGGAAUUUUAGCUGGCAUUGACAUGGUCAUGGUCCCUUUUAAUUUUACAGAAUUUAUUGAUGAUCUAACUAACCUAGUUAAAGAGGAGGUUAUCCCUAUGGAUCGAAUUGAUGAUGCAGUGGAGAGAAUAUUGUUUGUCAAGUUCACCAUGGGCCUCUUUGAAAGCCCUAUGGCUGAUCUUAGUCUGGUGAGCGAACUUGGAAGCCAGGCACACAGAGAGUUGGCGAGGGAAGCUGUGAGAAAAACUCUUGUGCUGCUGAAGAAUGGGAAAAAUGAGACUGAUCCUUUGCUGCCACUUCCAAAGAAGCCAAAGAAGAUCCUUGUUGCAGGUAGUCAUGCUGAUAAUUUGGGUUAUCAGUGUGGUGGAUGGACGAUCAACUGGCAAGGAUUUAGUGGAAAUAAAUACACCAGAGGAACUACAAUUCUCAGUGCCAUAAAGUCUACAGUUGAUUUGAGCACAGAAGUAGUCUACCAAGAAACCCCCGGCAAGGAUUUUGUCAAGUACACUGAUUUUGAUUAUGCUAUUGUUGUUGUGGGUGAGCACCCUUAUGCAGAGACCGCCGGAGAUAGCAUGACACUUACAAUGGCAGAUCCCGGUCCCACCACCAUUACCAAUGUUUGUGAGGCUGUGAAAUGUGUGGUCAUCGUAGUUUCAGGAAGACCUCUCAUGAUUGAACCAUAUAUUUCUUCAAUUGAUGCCCUAGUGGCAGCAUGGUUACCGGGCACUGAAGGUCAGGGAGUGGCUGAUGUUCUUUUCGGGGACUAUGGGUUCAAUGGAAAGCUUCCAAGGACAUGGUUCAAAUCUGUGGAUCAACUCCCCAUGAAUUUUGGGGAUUCGCACUACGACCCACUCUUUCCUUUUGAUUUUGGACUUAAAACUGAGUCUGUCCCAGGCCUCGUAGCAAGGGCUACCUCAUUCGGCACUGAUUGGAGACCGCACCCCCUAAUGGUCACAGCCUGCUUAGCUAUCAGCCUAUAUUCAGCUUCUGCAUAGGUUAUAGGUGGCGGGCACCGAAGGUCAAAUUGAUAUGGUAGAAGAUUUAUCUUCUGUAGUUCAUUUGGAUGUAGUACUCCCGGGGGGAAAUGAUUUAUCUCCUUGUAUCUUCUUCUAGUCUUAUUUGAUUCAUGAGAGCGAAAGAGCUUCUCCCUCCCCAACUUUGCAGUCUGACUCUGUAAUGACUUUGGUUUCCGGAACUAUACAUAGGGGCACUUGCCGGGA